AGCUGGGCUGCUUGUCAUGAUUAAGAUACACGAAAGUUCACCCUCAAUGGCCACAUGACAGAAACCCUGCACUCAGUAUAAAAGCUCGAGAUAUUCGAGCAUCAGUCAUGGCUUCUGCUAAUGCGUCCUAUUCUGUCCUGGAGAAACCGCUGGGCAGUGCCAAACAUAUUAGGAUUGUUGGGAUUGGGGCAGGUGCGAGCGGCAUCAACAUGGUCCGAACCCUGCGCAACAACUUGACCAACUACGAGCAUGUCAUCUAUGAGAAGAACGACAACGUUGGAGGCACGUGGGAGGAGAAUAGCUAUCCGGGGUGCAGAUGUGACGUCCCUUCACACAAUUAUCAGUUCUCAUGGAAGCCCAAUCCGGACUGGUCCAAUUUCUUCUCACCCGCAGAGGAAAUCAAGGAGUAUCUAUGGCGGGUUUGCGAGGAAGAGCGCAUGUCAGAUGUUAUCAAGACUCAACACAAGGUGACAGGUGCGUGGUGGGACGAAGCUAGGGGGUUGUGGGAUGUGAGCAUUCGGAACUUGUCAACCGGCGAGGACUUUCGAGACCAGGCCAAUUUUAUUGUUGAUGCUUCAGGCAUUUUGAACAAUUGGAAAUGGCCGAGCUUGGCGAACCUUGACCGAUUUCAAGGCGACCUGAUUCACACUGCCAGUUGGCCGAAAAACUUCGACUGGGCCGACAAGACUGUCGCAGUCAUUGGCAAUGGUUCGACGGGCGUUCAAAUCGUGCCGGCAAUACAACCAGAUGCCAAGCAACUCUAUCAUUUAAUUCGCACCCCAACAUGGAUCGUACCACCAAGGGUCAUGUCGAUGAUGAUGAUGGGCGGUCCUGCACAGGAGAUACUCGGCGAGAUUGAAAUGGACGAAAUGGAGAACUUUACUCCCGCCCAGAUCAAGAAGUUCAAGACACAACCCGAAUUCUACGAAAAGUUCGUCAAGGCCAUUGAAUGCGAUAGUAACAGAUUUUUCCCCACUAUCCUCACUGGUAGCCCCGUCCAAGCAUUUGCCACUGAAAAGGUUACGCAGUACAUGACGGCAUGUCUUGGAGGAGACGAGAAGCUUUGCAAGGCUUUGGUACCAACGUUCCCCCUUGGCACCCGGCGGAUCACACCAGCACCACGAUAUCUGGAGUCCCUCAGAGCUCCGAAUGUCGAACUGGUAUUAGAUGGCAUCGCUAGAGUUGUGCCUGAAGGGAUCCAGUUGACGUCAGGAGCAAUCGUUGAGCUGGACGCCAUCAUCUGCGCAUCAGGGUUUGAUAACUCAUUUUCUCCCCGUUUUCCCGUGGUAGGGAGGCACGGAAAUGUCCAAGACAUCAUGAAGCAAGAGACGCCCAAAGGCUACAUGUCGUGCGCUUUAGCAGGAGUACCAAACUACUUCACUUUCUUUGGACCAAACGCCCCGAUUGGGCACGGUAGUGUGUUCACUUUGACUGAGCACAUCGCUAGAUACGUCACGAGAAUCAUUCGCAAAUGCCAAAAUGAGGGCAUCAAAGCCAUCGUGCCAUCAGACGCUGCCGUCCGUGACUAUAGCGAACACAUCGCCGCGUUUAUGCCUCGCACGGCGUGGAGUGCACCCGGCCGUUCUUGGUUCAAGGGUGGGAAAGAAUACGGACCUGUGACCGCGCUGCACCCCGGAAGCCGUAUACAUUUCUUCCACAUGCUGGAACAGUUCAGAGGUGAGGACUGGGAGUACGUAUACGACAACGCCUCUCAGAAUAGGUUUAGCUAUCUGGGGAAUGGAUUCUCGUCUAAGGAGUUGGAUCCUAAUGCCAAUACUACUUGGUAUUUGGACAAGGAAGCAGCCAGUGCAAGGCUGUAAUGCGUUCCUGAAUGCGCACAAUACGACCUGUGAGUGGCCAGUUUGCUAUUGUGGAUGAGAAGAGAAGAGAGCACAUUGUUCACAGCCUGUGAACUUAUAUAUACCUAUAGACAUGGAACGUCUACCUAGCAUUACGAGUAAAGUAGCUGGGCAGUAUAUUAUAAUGAUGAAUACGUCUUACCCUAGCCAGCACACCAUUUCAUAAACAUGUGGAUAUUUCCCUCAAGUUCUCCGGUAUCGAUUCGAAGUUUGGCGACGAACCCGUUUCAUAUUC